AAAGGAUAUAGUAUCCAAGUCCUGGGUUAUUUCACUCUCUGAUAUCGUUCCAUGCCUUCUCGACAUGUCUUGACACUUCUUGCCCCGUCUUGGGGCCAUACGCUGCCGUACAUUCACCUGACCACUCGCAUGUUGGCCUCGGAUCCCGAGUUGGUCAUUACGAUCGUGCAACACAACCUCGUCGUGCACAAGAUGAUUGAAGAACUGAGCUCUUGCUCUUACGACACGAGCAGACUGAAGAUUGAGGGUGUGGGUGACAACGAAAUUCACUACUCACCCCUGAUCGUCGAAACAAUGCUCAAGCAGCUUACGGCCGGAUGGAUUAAGGUUCUCGCAAAGGCGGCCACCGAAGAGACCGCAUGGCCUAAGCCAAGGACGCUGCAUAUGGACUUCUUUGGAGGAGGGUUCGUUGCCAAGGAAUCGAGGGCCUUCCUGGGACCAGAAGGCAAGAUUCUUGUCUGGUUCUCCUCUGCGGCCACGGCUUGCGUGGACACUUGCAGCGAAUACGACUUCCCGAAAGUCGCCCAAGAGAUAUACGCUGAUCAGAGCAGAAGAGCAGGAAGAACGAUGCAAGAAAUUUUCGGUGAUGUUCUAUGCGCUGGUAAUGGUAGCGACAAACUAGAUGGGCGCGUGCUCGAGAUUGUUGGUGGAGUGAGGAUGUACGACCAUGAACACACGGCCCAGGGCGCUGGACCACCACGCCCACUGGCCCCCGUCUUGAUAUCCGCACAGGAAUUGGCUAGUCUUGCGGAUGGAUUCUUUUGCCCGACUGGAACUCCUUUGGAGCCAGUCACAGCUCCCCUCUGUCGCGAGUACUACAAGAAGCGCGGGCAAGAACUCUUCCUUGUCGGUCCUCAAAUGCACGAUGUUGAAUGGGAGGCGCCAUUGGCGGGUGCGGGUCCUAGUGAUGAGAGAGUGAAAUCUUUCUUGGACGAUGCGCGCGAGAAAUUCGGGCCGAAAUCUGUGUUGUACAUCUCUUUUGGUUCGCUCUUUUUCCCUGUGGAGACACCCCAGCUGGUCGAGGCGAUGGUUGAUGUGCUGUUGAGUCUCGAUGCAGCGAUCCCCUUCAUUUUUGUGCUAGCGGGAAAGAUGGCGGCCCUGCCCAAAGAGACCAUUGAUCGCAUCCACGCGAGUGGCAGAGGAAUUGUAUGUGCUCACUGGGUUGAUCAGAAAGCCGUCUUGAAGAGUGGCACCAUCGGCUGGUUUUUGACCCACGGUGGCUACAACUCGUUGACGGAAGCGCUGAGCCAGGGUAUUCCCCUCAUCUUCUGGCCGAUUGGAGCAGAGCAAGCUGUAAAUGCAGCGACACUCUCGACUGGUCCCCAUCCCAUAGGAAUUGAACUUUUCCAGAUGAACACUCCGAUGAAGUCCUUCAAGGCACCUAAUAUCACGGGAACAAUCGAGGACGCAAAGGCCGAGUUCCUUCAAGUGUUCAUGGAUGUAAAAGAAUCUAGAGGUGAAACACUGAAACGACACGCCACUCAGAUCGGAGAUGCGUGGCGUGAAGAAAGAAAGAAUGGGGAGCCCGUAAAAGAGAUAGCCCGACUGACAAGAUUUUGA